AAAACCACCUCUGACGUCAAAGAAAACAUAGCUACUACUAACUCUAUCCCCCAAAGGUCCGUGAUAUCUUCAAGCAAGUCUGACAAUGAGUCAAGACGUCCAACAUGUAUCCAAUUCUCAAAGCCGUGAUGCCGCAUCGAAACCAUUUGGAUUUUGGGAAUCCUUGAAGAACUUGAAGUUGAUCCAUCUUCAAGUGGGUCUAUGGAAAUGGAUUCUUCGGGAUGAUCACGAUCUAGUUCUGGGAAAUAACGAGCCUCACUUCACCUUGAUCCUGCUGUUCCAUGAACACUCUCAGCAAUAUCUCUGUCGGGUCCUUGGACGAACUUGGCAACGAGGGAUUUGUCGGGAUUUCAGAGAUUUAUAUCAAAAAUGCGAAGAGUUCUUCGCUCAACGUUCUUGUGUGGGCUAUGCUCCCCUGGAUUGCGAAUCCUUUCCCGUGGGAUGCAAAUUCUCCAAGGAUUGCCAAAUCCUUUUGCCAGGCUUACCUGAGGAUGGUCCAAAAGAGUGGAUAUGUCAUUCUUGUCUCAAAGAUUUUAAUAAUACCCUGAGCAAAGAUGAUCCUGAGGAUCUGAAAGACCUCGCGGUGAAAGAUGAAGAGGCAUCUGUUGGAAGUGAGAAAUUCUUGUCGAGUGAUUUGAUAGAGAAUGAAGGUAAUGAUGUCUGGAAGGAAGAGGAUUGGACAGAAGAGGACCAAUUGUUAGAUGAGGCUCCGCUAAAGAAGCCUCGAUCAAAAAGAAGUAAGGUCAACUAUUUUUUCAAGGUCGAAAAGACAUCCAAAGAGUGGACGUGCAACAUGUGUGGACAAGUAUUUUCCGCCGCAAAACGAUAUUAUCACCUAAAGAGUAAACAUUUUGUGGGGAAUUUCAGCUGCUCUCAGUGUGAACAAAUUUUUGAUCUGGCCAAAAACCUUACGGACCACGUGGUGUCCGAACAUGGCACGGAUAUCCAGAUUUAUUGUCCAUCUUGUGAUAAAAGUUUUGCUGCCAAUCAAACGGAUCAAGGAUUAGAAGCGCAUUAUCGCGUUUGCAUCAAUGAGAAGAAAGCUAAAUCGAGUUCGGAACUGUUUCAGUGUGAGGAGUGUGGCAAGAAUUUCAAGCAUCGCUGCGGCUACAAGCAUCAUUUGAAUGUGCAUAUGCCCAGACGAUUCAAAUGCCAAUUGUGUGAUUAUGGUGCCAAGACCAAAGGCAAUCUGAAACUUCAUCAACGAGUUCAUGAAACGGGGCGCGAGUGCAUUUGCCCGUUAUGUGGCAAAUCUUACAAACAUAAAAUGUCGUUACAACAGCAUAUGAACUUUAUGCACAGUGAUUCUACGACUCAAUUGCCUUGUGAGAAGUGUGGUCGGCAGUUCUCGUGUAAAAGCAGUUUACAAAAACACAUUAACCGGGCACAUAGCGACUUGUUCAAGUGUCAUUUGUGUUCUUAUCGGGGUGGCGGUAAUCAUGAUCUAGGGGAGCAUCUUCGAACACAUGAAGAAGCAAGCAUCGUUUGCCAAACUUGUGGCUUAAAGGUCAAGACCAAAAGGAUUCUGCUCAAGCAUCUGCGGGUUCACACCGGAGAGACCCCUUUCAAAUGCCAUGUUUGUGGCAAAGCGUUCAAAUCUAGUUCUCCGUUUUACUAUCAUAUGAAACAUGUUCACCAGACCGUGGGAAAGAUUUUAGGUUCCAAAAGUGUCGAUGUCGGCGUUGACAUCAACGAACAAGUGCCAUAAGUUUUCAAUAAAUGCUCAAUGUAAAGCCA